AUGGGUAUUCAAGAUUUGCAAGUCUUUUUGGAUAGCAAUUAUGUACAAAGAGGGUCUGUAUCUGUGGAUCUGUUAAAAAUAGCACGUACCAUUACUCAAAGGCAGCAUAAUCGUGUUGGUAAAGCACAACAGUUACAUUCUGGGAAAUUAAGACUAGUUCUAGAUGGAGAAUGCUGCUUAGAUAGAUUAUAUGGAGGAUACUUCUCAGAUUGGGCUUGUGGAGGACAAUGGAACAGAAUGCUACAAUUUCUAGCUGUUCUUAUACAAGCAACAGAAAUGUCAGGACUGGAAUUAGCUGUAUUCUUUAAUGGAUGCUUUGAAUCUCCUAGACGCGCAGACUGGAUUCAAAAUCAAUUACAAGUGCGAAUUAAAGUAAAUAAUGUAUUGAAACAUAUUUCAACAAAAGGCACUCCACCACCGAAAAUUUGGUGGACACCGCCAGUUUGUUUGAGAACUAGUUUACGUAUGGCUUUGCGGCAUUUGAACGUCACAGUACUUUGUAGUAUGGACGAUCAUCAUCAAGAAGUAAUCGCAUACUGUCGAGAGAACAAUUUCAAUGGCUUGAUCGCUGAUGACGCGGAAUACGCCGCGUUCGACCCUCCACGAUACUUCUCAUCCGAGCAAUUGAAACUCACGUACAAGGGUUCCCUUGAUACCAAGGAGUACAUUCUUCCGGAACUUUUGAAAGCGUUGAACAUCCCAUCCGACAGGCUGUGUCUGUUAUCCGCGUUACUCGGGAAUUACAUUUUAACUGAGCACGAUCUGACUGACUUUUACAAGAAAUUGAACUUGAACACCAAUCUGAACAAAGUGAAUGUAGAGCAUACGAUUAAGACGAUUGCCAAUUUCGUUCGAGAUCUUCCAUCCGUCGAGUUGGACGUUAUAUCUCAAAAGGUUUUCGGGUCUCUGUCUGAUCCUAGAUGCUCGAAACUGAGGCAAUCGGUUCAGUACUACAUAAACGGAACUAAGGAGGGAUUCUUGCAUUAUAAACCGGUGAAACCAAACAGAGUACACAAAUUGGACUCGAAACAAAACGUGCAACAACAGUCGAAUUUAUCCGAAACGCCGUCGACCUCAGAGGCCGAUACGAAUUUAGAAACAUCGAGAUUCGCGUCAGAGACCGUGGAGAGCGAACGCGAGAGCUUGAACGCAUAUAAACAGGCCACAGCCAAUGCAAAGUCUGCGCCGCAAAUUGUGAUAGAUCCGCCUGGUAUCCAGGGCCAUGGAGAUGCGGAUAAUAUUAGGACGGAGGAAGAACAAAGCAACGGACAUGCUAUAAAUGGUACACACAAUCUUCUAAUUAGUUCAUCGAGUUCGAGCAGCAGUUCUUCUGCCACGUCUCCGUCCCACGCAACGGCUGAUUCGGCGAGGCAGACGGAGAAAACGACCACAAUUCCCACCACCGUACCGGAAGUCAUGCGUACUGCCUCUGAGCGUCAUCAGAAGGGCUUGAUGUCUCCUCAUAUUUAUCAAAUUCUCAUCGCCGGGGAAAUUAAGCUGCCUGUGCUGCUUGAAGACGAGAAUAAUCGCGAAUUUCCAUCGAUCCAUCUUAUUUAUAGACCCGUUAGACAAAUGGUGUAUGCAAUACUCUUCAAUCUUCAUCACAGAAUGUAUUUAGCUGCUAAAAGUAAAGAGAAAGGAGAUAGCGAGAAAAUUGAAGUCCCAGACGUUGUGAUAAAGGAGUGGGUAUGGUCCAAAUUAAAUCCGUACUUGACUCCAGAAUUAAUAAAAGCGGAAAAAAUUGGUUGGGGUGUUCCUACGAUUCAACGUUUAUGGUUUGGCACAGGUAUAGACGACAAACGCCGUCGCUUACGAGGUUUCCUGACUUGCAUGAAAUCGGAUACACCUCUUAUGUUAAACACUUCCUAUGUACCACAACACCUUUUAGUCAUGGCGUGUGUAUUAAGAUAUAUUAUGUCGUUUUCGGACAAAAUAAAGGUUCUACGUCGUCAGGAACUAGAUGCUUUUAUUGUACAAGCAUUUUCGCCAGAGCUUAUGAACGCUCAGUAUUUACAAGAUCUCCAGCUUCCUUUAGUGACAUCCCGCGGAGUACAACUAGCUACUCUAUUUAUGGCCGGUGUCGAAACCGCUCUCUUAGCCAACGACGCUUGUGGUGCGCCUAUCCCAUGGUUAAUGUGCUGUCCGUGGUUGUAUUUCGAUGGGAAGUUGUUCCACCACACGUUGGCUCGUGCUACUAUCGCUAAGAAUUUACUGGAACUAUGCAGUGGUAAUAUAGAUCGUGUUGUGAAAGUUGAACGAAUGAGAAAAGCCGUGCUAGAGGGUACCAACGUCAUUUUUGCUCGUCCACUGAUGCCCGUCGCACCAGGUAUCCGUGUAUCGGUACCACAGAAUAUUUUGGCUGCUGGUUGCACCAUUAACGAUGGGUUAAUGCGUGGACGAGGCAGUGGAACUAUGCCUCAACGUGGACUAAUGCGACGCCCUAUACCAUCACGAGGUGGACAACUAGAAAUCGCAGGAGUCGUUGUGGGGCAGUGGGGUCCAAACUAUGGACAACCUGGUCGUUUGCCUCAGCCUCUUCAGGGGCAUCCUCGUGGACGACUUCCACCACAGGUGACUUCCAUAGGAGGCCUCAAGUAUGGUCUCCCGCGUGGUUUCCCACCCCUUGGCAGGCCCACAUUUCAAACGCGAGGCAAUAAUCGUACGCCGAUAGCUGGCCGCGGCAAAAAGACGCAGAUGAAGGCAACCGGAAAGAAAAAAACUACCGUGAAAAAGAACAAAGAGUGUGAAAAGAAAGACAGCAGGGGACGAGGUAAUAAUGUUGAUGGAAUAACUGAUUACAAUGACUCGAUUCCAAACAUGAAUACAUCAAAAGACGCACUGCCAGUACCAGGCCAAUUCGAGGAUGCCGUAGAGAACGGCAAGGGGAUAGAGAAGGGACAGGGUGACGCGUCGCUAGUUGCUCCAGUCGUCGCUGAGAACUAGGUAUUUAUACAUCACUUUUUAACGACUUUUAGACAUACACUCCCGGAUGUGACUCAAGACUGCAAUCACAAAAAUCUUCUUAGAAAAAAAAAUCAAGCGUGUGAAACGAGUAAUGAUGCGCUAAUAACAUUUGAAAGUUUCUCGAACCUCGAGAUAUAAUCGACUAUUUGAUUAUUCAGAGGAUUCUUUUUUACAAGUAGAACAAAAAAGAAAGGAAAGACAAGGAGGAGCGUAUGUAUAGCGUAUCACAUGAAGUUCUUUGUUCACGCAAGUUAAAUUAAAAUCGCCUUGAAUUUAUCGCACAAUGAGAAAAGAAGGUGAAGAAGAAGAACUCUUCAAAUGUUACGCGCAGAUCAUCACUCAACAAUGUCUAAAGCUCUGAUGGGGCCAAAAUAAUUAAACUAAUAUAGGAGACAAGUCAUCGUUACACAACACGAUGUCAAGAUAUUGUAAAAUCACAAGGAUUGUAGACCCAUUUCCGACGUACACGAUACGAUGUCCUCACUGCCAAACGUACCAUUCAGUGUGUAAGAUAUAAGAGCGAGAACGAACACAAAACAAAAAAAAGAAAACCAUAUAGGAGCAACAAAAAAAAAAAAAAUUGAAAAAAAAAUGAAAAAGAAAAAGAACAAUUGAAGUCGUGCUUGUGCUAACACGAGCGUGUUUUAGACUACUACUACUACUCCGCUCGGAUCACCAUAAGGAUGAACUCGACUGAUUAGUGUAUGCGUGCGCUAAUUUUACUAAGAACGAGAAUAAGUCGUCAGCUGCUAUAAGUAUUUAAUUCUUAAGAAGUGUGAUUAUUUUUUUUACAAUGAAAAUAUAUAUUUUCCAGUAUUAUAUGAAAUGCUCGCAUUGACAGUCUCAGUACUCUGAUCUCUAAUAAUUAUACAGACGUAGACGAAGAUAACAGAUCCAAACAGACAGACAAAUACAGACGAAGACACGAGACGCUAUACUUAUUAUACGUUAUACGACGAAUAGUUUUACUGUUUUUUGUAGAUAACGCGAGACAGAAUACUGAGACAUUCAUUAGCAAAUGGAGACUGAUGCUUUUCAUAUAGGUAAAAUAUAUAUUUAUAUAUGAUUUAGAUUAGAGGUUCCCAAUAGCAUAUUAUAUGUAAGUUGUGAGUGUUUUAUGAGUGCAUAUGUAUGACAUGAGAGAGUGAUAGUCACGUUAGAGCGAGAGAGAAUAUUGUUUUUCUGUGAAAAAUGUUAAGUGUGAGAGAGAAAGAGAGUGAAAGAGGUCGAGUGGAAAAGCGAAUAUAUAGAGAAACAUAAAAUGUAUAUAAACGUGGGAUGUUAACGCGUAUUGGUCCACGUACACGUGAAAUACAAGAAAAAUUUCAGAAACUGGGGCGUGCUCGCGCGUGUACGAGGCCCGAUCGAUAUAUUUAUUUGCCGUUGCGUUGAUGAGGAGAGAAAUGAGUGACUCUGGAACGAAUUACAAAUUUCCAUGUACGAUAAGAGAUACGAUAAUGCGUAGGAGGG